AUGGAAAAACGACAAAAACAAAUGAAAAACUACAGCACAAGUCAGCACAAGACAGAUAUAUAUAUUCUCUUGAACGUUUACUUUACGUUAUUGGUGCGAAGUGAAUUUUUGAAACUGAAAGACAAUGCGAAGUUUCAAUUCUUCAAUCACGAAGGUGAAGCCAGGUGCACAGCUAUGCUUGAACCGGAAGACAUUCGUAUAGAUGGCAGUGAAAACGAAAUAGAGGGUCAAUAA